ACCCAUAGGUCUCCUUAUUGUAAGGCAGCAGCGCUACCACUGCGCCACCGAGCUGUACUUAUGUAACUUUCAUUUUGGGUUCUAAAGUCACUAAUGGGGUCUUAAUCCACUGUCUUCUUAGUUUACAGUUGUGCCUGACCUCUCCCUCAGCUCCGUAAUAAGCCCCAGCAGGAGUUUGCACGUUCUUCAUGCGUCUCUGUAUGUUUUCCUCCCACAUCUCAAUGCCAUGCUGGUUAAGCUCGUCUAUGAUUCGGAUUUGGUUCUGGUUGAAUGUACUUAUGCUAGACUAGCACCCUUACCUGUGUCGAUUCCUGUCUUUCACCCAGUUUGGAUCCAGGCCUCUGAACUGGAUUAAGAGUGCAAACUAAAUGCACAGAUCAAUAUACUUUAGGAGCAGGAUGCACUGGUGGUUAGAGGUCAAAAAUCACAAUAACGCUAGAAAAAAUUAUUAUUUUUUUUUUACACAAUAUGGUAGGCACAUGGAGCAACUCACUUGUACAGUUAGCAAAAAUAGAACCAUCAAACAUCAGAAUUGUUGAGGUGUAUUAGAUGAUUACAAGCUGACAAAAUGUGGCCUCAAUCUGCUCAGUAGUCUUAAAUACACCAUUGUGUCAUCUAAAACAUAAAGGAGGAUAAAGAGUGUGAGACAUUUUAUGGCAUAGAAAGAAAGCAGUGAUGAAUCUACGGUAUUUCUCCAAAAACUUAAGGAGCAUGAUUAUGUGUAUACAAAUGAGUUAAUGCAAGAAUCUGCUGCUCUCCUAGACAUAAAUCGCUGCCUCUCUCUUUACUUGACUAAGAUGUCCAGAGCAUCAUCUUGUGUAAAAACCACAGCGGACUUGAAGAGCUUGCUUGAUGUGAUGUGACCUGAUUAUCUGCCAGAACAACGUGGUAUUGAUCAGGUAGUACAUACUUUGGAUAAAGAGGUGCAAUGUCCUGCAGAAAUGUUCUCAUCACUGGAUGCUCUUCUGGAAUCGGCUUGGCCUUGGCUGUUCGGUUAGCAAAGGAUGAGCUGAAGAGGUUUAAAGUUAUUGCUACAAUGCGCAACCUGGAGAAACGAAAGGGGCUAGAAGAAGCAGCAGGAGAAGCAAUGAACAAAACGCUGGAAAUCAGAGAGCUGGAUGUAUGCAGCGAGGAAUCAAUCAAAGAGUGCGUCAACAGCAUCCCUGGGAGACAAGUAGAUGUUCUUGUUAACAAUGCUGGUCUGGGAAUGAUCGGACCCUUGGAAACACAGAGCAUUAGCUCCAUGAAGACCCUUUUUGACACUAACUUCUUUGGACUGGUCAGAAUGAUAAAAGAAGUCCUGCCAGAUAUGAAGCAACGAAAGUGUGGGCACAUUGUGGUAAUGAGCAGCAUUUUGGGUGUCCAAGGCCUUUUGUUCAAUGAUGUUUAUUCUGCCUCUAAAUUUGCAGUAGAAGGGUUGUGCGAGAGCCUUGCAGUGCAAGCAAUGAAAUUUGACAUUAAGAUGAGUCUUAUUCAACCCGGCCCCGUGACAACAGAAUUUGAGGCCAAGGUUUAUGAGGAUGUUGCCAAAAUUGAUCUCUCUGGUGCAGAUGAAUUAACAGCCGAAAUAUUUCAGCACAUUUACAUCCCAUAUUCAGAAAAAAUCUUUACAAUAGGACAAAAGCCAGAAGUUGUUGCAGAACAUACUAUGAAGAUCAUCACCUCCAACAAUCCUCCUUUUCGUCACCAGACCAAUCGUCUAUACGCACCCUUCAUUGCGCUUAAGCAAGCAGACCCCAGUGGCAAUCUGCCUCUUGAUGCAUUCUACAGGCUGACAUUUCAGCAAAAGCGCAUCUUCAAUGCCAGCCUUGGGCUGCUGCGUCUGUUGUUAAGGCGGAAGCAAAAAGAUGUGGACUCUUGAAGACCAGUGAUCAAAUCUUUAUGGUGCCAUAAACUGGCCCUAGAAAUAGCCUAGGUGGCUUACACCCUCCAGUCCCUAGUAGAGCCUAAGACCACUGUAGAGCUGUCCAAGGGUGACAGAAGAGAAGUGGCUUUGUGACAGAUUUCUUCAGAGUAUUAAUACAUUACUUCUAUGCCAUAUUCUUGGACUAGAAAGAGGGUAAAAAAACCAACAGAAAACUGCAUACCAGAAAUUAAGCAGUACUGUCUGUUUGUAGCUUUUGUAAGUAAUAAAUAGAAUUUCAUUAAUUAAAAAAAAAAUUAAAGGUU